ACAGUUUAGUGUCUUUUUCAGAUUUUUAAAUAAAAUCAAUGCCUUAAUAAAAAAAAAUGUUGAACGUUUUAUUAAAUGUCAAUUUUAUUGUCAUUUAAAUACUGUGUUAGUAGAUAAGACUGGAAUGUGCAAUUAUUUGGCGAAAUCAAGUUUUGUUUAGUUUUCCUAAAAAUGGGAAUAUUCACAUCCUGCUGUAGACCCUCAGCAACGGAAUUAUUGACUCCAGAUGCAACCAGGCGCAGACAGCAGAUGGAAGCCGCUGAGAAACGUCGUGCCGAAGAGGCGGCUCGUGGAGUCAAGGAUCCAGAGAAGGUGAGACGCAUGCAGCUGCGCGCUGAAGAGAUGGAGAGGCGGGAGCAGGAGCUCCGUAAGGAGGGGGGAGCAAAUUUGAAGUGGACGGCCGAUUGAGAAAAGGAGCAAGGUGGAAGCAGCGAUGCUUCCACCAACAAAUACAAGUACAAGAAUUGAUUUCUGUGCAACCUUUUUAUUUACGUUGCUCUACUACACAAAUGGGUCUCUAAUUAUUAUCUGAAGUGCGCACUUUUACUCCCGAUACAGAUCUUCGUGUGAAGUAGUGACUUUGAUAUUAUGCUAUUUUUAAUCUGUUUUAUGUAUAUUUGCGUUUUAGUUCGUACAAGAUUUAAUUUGUUCGGUGCGUAUGAAUUUAUAUUAUUUUACAUUGUUAUAUAAAAAAACUCAAGAUACACAAUCACGAACAAAAGUAACACUCGAAAUUGUCACCAAACGCUCGGCAAUUCUAUAUAAGUUGUUAUAGUUAUAUUAUAAACAUUUUUUUUGCAAAUUCAACCUUACGCGGAUUGCUGACACGAAUAUUAUUUAUACUGUUUAUUUUUAUACGACAUUGAAUUAAUUUUAAAGAGUUGGUUAAAUUGUGUUCUAAACGUAUUCAUACUUUUAUCAUAACUUGCGUAUAAAUUAAUGAAACGAAUAUUUACUGGUAAAAUUAUUUAUUUAAUUUUUCGUUCAAAAAGUAUUAGUAGAACAUUUUAUCGAAACUAAGCAGGUACCUGUUAUUAUUUAAACAAACGUCUAUAAAAUUUUCUAUAAUAGCUUUUAUACGAUUAAUUUUUAAAAUUUCUAAAUUAAAAACUAUAUUAUAAUAUAGAAUUAUUAGUUAAAAAAUUAAACAUAAUAAAUAAGAAAUCGACGCCAUUGAAUAAGAACAGGAUUAUUUGUAUUAUACGAUUAAAAUAAAAGGAGGCUGUUAUGCAUAGUUCUUACACUGACAAUGCGGUCAUUGAAAUUAGCCGUAUUAUACUUGGACCGAUGGGUGAAGUUUUGAGACAAAUUAAAUCAAAAUCAUAUAUUGCAUUGUAUAUUAAGUCAUAAAAACAACAAAAACAAAUCAAUAAACACUUUUACUUACCGAAAAGACGAUAUCCCAUUAAGUUAAAAAAGUUAAUGUUCUUGACGUAAUAUUUUUACAAUUUCUCAACGAACACUUCGGCAUUUUUACGAGCGUGCAGUGAUGCGGGCGAAGCGAGACUAUUUGAAAUGAGCGCACAAUUCAAAAUUGUGCGCUCAUUUUAUGCGGACGUUUUUAAGUCGCUGAGUGUGUAUCUAGGGUUUUUUAUGUAUCAAUGUUAUUUUAGUUAUAAAUGCGUGAAUGAUAAAAUUAAUGUCCGAUAGGCCGACUGCUGAGAGAAUGUGUUCCUGAUGGAUGGCAUGGCUGAUGUAACUUCUAAAUGGCAAAUUUACUAUAAAAAUUUUAUUAAUCACUCUCUAAAAAUCUUGCAAUAAAUGUUAUAUCUGUAAUAAAUAAAUAAUUAAACUAUUUUUAUACUCAAAAUUGUGCAUUUACAUUGUUAUGUCAACUGUUUCUUAGUGCAAUGAAUCAUUAUUCAUGACCAGUGUUCCCAACCUAAAGCCAGGCAGUUAUCGUACCAGGGCCGUAAAAUUAUCGUAUAUGGAUCAAAAUUAUCGUACAUUAGGAUAAUGAUUAUAAUACAUAAAAUAAUCCGAACAAUAUAUUUUAAAUCAGUGUUAAUGACAGUUUAAAUCAGUAGUAAACUAAAAAAAAAAAACAGCAACACGAAAAAAUAUAUACGCAAUAUAUACGCGAAGUAUUGUAAUGGCCAAAUUCAAAAAGACUAACUGCCAACAUUCCGCAUCGAAUCAAGUCAUCGAUAUCGAUCGCUGAUUGGCAAGGAUUUUUGAAUGACCCGAAGAUGGCGCUGACAGUAAAAACAAUUAAAAUUGUUAUUGAUUUAAUUUUUCAUUCUAAUGGAAAUUAUCGUACAAUCUACAUACGAUAGUAGUGUACCAUCGUACAUCGUACGUAGUUAUGUUAUUAUCGUACUUGUACGAUAAUUAUCGUACGGUAGCGAGCCCCGUUCAUCACCCACUGACAGACUUCAGAGACAUGUUCUCUCAACCGUCGGACUUUGUAGCGUGUUUUCACGAAGUAUACGAUUUAAUUUAUCUUAAAAACACGCUUAAAUGUUGAGUCAAAUUUAAUCUGUUUUGUACAAAUCGUAAACAAAUCAAUAAUAAUAAAAAAAACCUAUUUUCUUGUCAUUUUAUAAAACUGGUUAAUGCUAUAUAUUAAUUCAGAUACAUUUAUAAAUUAAAAUAUAUUAUUAUACAUUUUUAUUGACAUUAGUGAGGUUACUUACACAUUUCUGUUUACGAUUUGUACAAAUCGGAUUAAAAAUUACCGUAAAAUAUAAUGUAAACGGUAUCUAGAUUAAGGAUCACAUUUUAAAUAAUUAUUGGUGUUUAACAAAUAUAUUGUUUAUCGUUUAUAUCAAUGUUUUGUUUUGAAAUAAUUAACGUUAAAAGCUUACUUCGUUAGAAUUUUGACAAUUUAUUAUAGUCCUUCGUAUUUAAGUAAAGGUUCUAAAUCAAUUUAAAUAGAACUACUAGAACAUUAUAACUUUGCCGCUCUGACGUCAGUCUUUAAAUUAGUCGCGCAAUAACAAGCGCCAACAAACGUCAUUGAUAAAAAAUGUAUCUAAAACUUCAUUAAUUAAAUAAUUCAGAAAAUAAAACUUUAAGUUCAAAUAGUUUUAAUUUUUAUUGAUUUCGAAUUUGUAUUAUUUCAAGGAUAUUACAGAAAGAGGGUAUUUUUGUCACUUUAUUAAAGAUCGUGAUAAAAACGUGGUGAUACGCGGUCACCAUCACGAACCGACAUUGGCAAUGUAAUAAAUAUUAACCGUUAACGCGAAAAACUAUAUAACAAUGUCAACUAACAAUGAAUCAUAUCGAAUGAUUGUUUUAUAUAUUUUAACAACAAAAUAGUUGGUAAUUUCUGUUUGAAACUUUUGAAGAAAUUUGUCACCGAUAUGUGUUGACAACAUGAAAAAAAUAUUUUUAUAUUUGAAACAACUUUACAUAUCUGUUUAUAAAAAAAUCGUAUUACUCUAUUAAUAAUGCUGUGCCUUGUUUACUUAAAAAAUAUCACUGCGAUACCACUUCUACAACUUCAGAGCGGCAAUCGAUUUACCUCUAUCAAUUUUUCCUAUAGUAUUAUUAAAUACAGGGUUUGUUUGAUAUAAUUUACAUUUGAAAUUAUUCUAACACCUUCACGUAGUAAUAAUAGAUUUCAAAGUAAAUUUAAACAGGGCCAACUACGGUUGAACAAGGUACCUACUUCUUAUGACACAUUCUAUACCUCCUAAGUAAUUAAACGUAUAAGUAUAACACGUCGAAAGAAAUGUUUAAAUUCAAUUAUAAAUGAAAUAUCAAAAAGUAGAAUAUAUUUACAUAGUUAUAAUUUAUUGAUAUAAAAAAAUAUAUAUCAUCAAUGUUUUUGUUUAUUUAUAUUGUAGUACCUUUGCCACAAAUAAAUUUAAAAAAAAAUUAGUCAAUGUCACGUUUGACGUUUACGUUUCAAAAUUAUGCCUAUAAAUUAACAUUACACUAUUGUAUAUAAAACCUAUUUUGUUUUUUAACCUAUUUCGUCGUUCUAAAUUUUAAAGUGUAGUAUUUAAAAUUGCCAAUAUUCAAUGUUGUAUUAUAUUUUUAAUCUAAGCAUGUUGUAAUAAUAUUCUAUCAUAUUUCAAAUACAAAUUAAUACUUCGUAUCAAUGACAUAGCCUGGCAAUUACUUUGAGAAUAUUUGUUUUAGUUCAUUUGUGUUGUUGAUAAAUAAGAUUAAUUAUAUAAUCUGUAUAACGUCUAUAAAAACUACAUUAAUUUGAUUAUAUAAUAUAACUUGUUUUUUUACAUGAUUAUUAUUUCGGUUUAAUAAUAAAUUAAUAAUUAUAAUAUUAUCAUAAUAUAACCUUUACUCGUAAAUGUUACACUUUUUAAUAUCGUAUAUUAAUGUUUAUUAUAAUAUGAAAUAUUAUUCGGUGUCUUGAAAUAUAUAGAGAUUUAAAAUUAAGAAACUUAAGCCAAUGUAUUAGGCUAAUUUCACACUAUUUCUGUAUUUUCCAAAAAUAUCGACCAUUGUGUGUUAAAAAAAAACUAUGUGUGGCCUAAACGCAGAAUCUGUUAUCAAUUUGAGUUAUAUUUAUAAUUUUCUUAAUCAAAAGACGUUCGAAUAUCUCAUUUGAAUAAUUUAAUCUGUGGUAAUAUUUAAUUUUUACCAUUACUUAUUUGUUUUAAAACGAUAAUCGACCAACUUCUUAAGACUUUGCCUAACUAUAUAACUCAUCGACUGUUCUAUACUGUAUAUUUGGUAAAUGUGUACUGUAAGCUAUAUUUUAUUACACAAAUAUUAUUGUAGAUCAUAUAUAAAUGUAAAUGUUUAAAUAAUUUAUGAAUAAAUGUUAUUUGGUGUGUAA